UUAUGAACAGUGCUGGUGAGACACCAAAAGAUAUCGCUAAACGAUUCGCCCAAUUAUCCUGUAUCAAGCUGCUGGGGGAGGAGGAUUCCGAAGAUCAUUUAACGACUAACACAACUUCUUUUGGACAACAAACUGUGUCCAAUAUUGCAAGUCAUAAGCCUGCAUUGCAGUCUGGUUUCCAACCAAUGUCUCAUGCAAGCAGUCAAGAAAUCCUGGAUGACAUAAAACAUGAGCUUCCCCUUGACGCUGCGAAUCCAUAUUCUGAUGAUGGGCAAGAGGGAUAUGAUGAUGAAGACAAAGAGGAGAGAGAAGAAAGAAGAGCACGAAAGUUUUUAGAUCAUGGCAGCACUGAUGGAGAAAGUGUUAAACUCGCACCUAAACAAAAACAUGAAGCUAGAGGUCGCGCUGCUAAGCGGAUUGAGGAACUGAUGAGGUUGUUGGAGAUCUCCAAACAGAAUUUUCAUCAGUUAGGUGGUAGGCUGGAUGAAGAUAAGAUGGGUGCGCAGAGAGACAGAGAGAGUGAUCGAAUAAUCCAGGAGCUGGAAGCACAGUUGGAGUAUGAGCGAUUAAGACGUGAACGACUGGAAUCACAACUGGACGAAAGCCGUGCUGAGAUUUCCCAUUUGAACCUGCAAUUGGAAAAAGCUCUUGAAAUGAAAGAGAGUGAAGAUGAGAACAAAACAAAGAAAAGAACCAAGAAAAAGACCAGGCCAGCCAGUGCUAGUGGCGUGUUUGUCAGACGCAAUGUUUCAAAACCAGCAAUGAAAGUUAAUGCAGACAUUUUUUAGACUACAGCAAUGGUUCAACAUAGAAUUCUUUAUACAACUGUAUAUAUUUUUAAUUGGACAUUGGGCCACACUGAUUUAAUUUUAUGGAUGACAUCCUCUGAAGACCCCAAAACUAAUGCGAGAGGGCGAAAAAAAAAUCCUGCCAAAAAAAAAAUGCUGCUAAAACCACAGGACUACGGAG